CAAGAUUUUCAAGAAAUGGGGGUUUAAGAAAUGAAACUGAGAGAGACCACCGAAAACUGGCACCACCAAACCAAACUCCGACCUACAACUUUUAUGACAACCAUUAAUUACUUCUGUACUCAAACAACUCCUUAAAGCUGCUUCUCAUUUUCUUCUAACUAUUGCAAGUUCUUAUUCUCUUUGCCAUUGCUCGAAAGAAGAAGAAGAAGAAGAAAAGGGGAAAUGACUUCAUAUCUGCGCAAGAAAUUCCAGAAUUUGACGACGACUUCACAGUCCUCCGAGUCCGAGGAUGUUGUAAGAGAAACUGAAGUCAACCCAGGUAACAAUAUGGAAGAGAUCGAACGCAGUAAAAUCGGAAUUGUGAGAGCCCUUGUCCAGAAUCAGAACCCCUCUGCUAAGGAUCUUGAUGAUAUAAUGAUCCGUAGAUUUUUGCGAGCUCGCGAUCACGAUGUUGAGAAGGCAUCAGCCAUGUUACUAAAGUAUCUGAAAUGGAGAACAGAAUUUGUUACAACUGGUUUUAUAUCUCCAUCUGAAAUCACCACUGAUAUUGCACACGGUAAGUUGUUUAUGCAAGGAUUUGACAAGACUGGACGUCCGAUUGUAGUUGUUUUUGCUGCUCGGCAUAAGGCGACUAAUGUGGAAGACUUUAAGCGUUAUGUUACUUACUCACUUGACAAAAUUUGCGCAAGCGACAUUCGUGGAUACAUUGCAGCUCUAUCUAUAUUGCAAGAUUACUAUCCGGAGAGACUGGGCAAGUUUUUCAUAAUCAAUGUGCCGUACAUAUUCAUGACUGCAUGGAAGAUGGUUUACCCGUUUAUCGACAAAAAUACGAGGAAAAAGAUUUUGUUUGUGGAGAGCAGCAAAACAUGGUCAACCCUGCUACAAGAUAUCGACGAGAGUCAACUCCCCGAUUCAUUUGGAGGGAAACUUGAACUAGUUCCCAUUCAAGAUUGUUGAUAGGUUCUCUAUAUAUUCAAUUUCAUUUCACUCCUAUAUAUUAUUGUAUGAAGAUACAAUCAGCAGACAUUACUCAACACACUGUACUUUGGGGAAUCUGUUUCUUUUUCUAUGCGACUUGUACGUAUACGGAACAAUGAUAUUUAAUGUUAACAAUCAUUAAAAAGAAU